UCAUUACCUACCCUCAAAGACUUGGCUUUUUCAGUCCGGCCAAUUGUUCGAACCAUAUAUAAUCCCCCGUUUUCUGAUAGAGAUAUACGCUAUUAGAUAAUGACACCCAUCACUCAGCCCCCUAGCCUCGUCCUCCGGUUCGAGCAGGCAGAGGAGAUUCACGUUAUUCAGCAAGCUAAGACGCUCCAGAAACUGUACCCAUCCCACGACCUCUGCAUCCAACGCCAGCAGAUGACUGGAGGCGUCGCCAUUCGCACCCUCCCCCAAUUCGAGGGAAAACUGAAUCGCGCCGUUGGCCUGAGCCUUCGAGGCCCGUUUACGCUCCAAGUUCUCCGCGAACUCGAGUCAACGUAUGCCACCAUUGGCUUGCAUCCGGAAAUUCAUCUGUGCGAGUACGCAGAUCCCUCCGCUUGGCAGGUCCUCGCUCGCGCAGGGUACUUCUCAAAGGGGACCUUGAGUGUAUAUUACGUGGAUCUCGAGAACCUGCGUGGUCAAUCUGCAGCUGCGUGCUCGAAUGAGAACCUGAAAGUCACAGAGGUGACGUCGAACGUUGAUCGCGAACGAUUCGCCGCUGCGUCGAUUGCGGGCUUCGCGGAUGGAGGACGCUCUGAAGAGUUGCUGGGCGCGUUGGCGAGAAUCGCCACCCUGAGAGAUGAUACAAGUCUCUAUAUCGCGACGACUGACGGGGGCAAAGUGGUUGGGACUGCAGCAUUGGGAGUUUUGAGCACAGAUACGCUGGGCGGGAGCGUAGGACACUUGUACUUGGAUAGUACAGUGCCGGGGUAUCGCGGAAUGGGCGCACAUGCGGCAUUGAUCCAUGCGCGUUUGAGAGUUGCACAAGGGAAGGGAUUGAAGUCGGUGACGCUGAGUACAAGGCAAGGCAGUGGAAGCGCUAGAAAUGCAGAAAAAGCUGGGUUCAGAGUGACAUAUCGAAAGGAGAUACUUGUUAAAGGAUAAGGUGGUGUGGAGCGACGCAUAUAGUUGCACACUCCUAGAUCGGUC